AUGAAGCAUACCGGUAAUCCUUAUGUGAUCGCUCGCAACCCUUCUCGUGCUCGCCUCUACAACGAAACGCAAGUUGCCCGAGAUGGACAAAGGAAAUCUAGUGAUUCUUGCCUGAUAUCCCUGAAAGUAGAGAACAAUCUUGCUUUCUCAGGCUCCCAGGCUAGACCUUGGAUUAUGAAGCUGUUGCAACACCUUCGGAUGUUCGGCGAGUUGAAAGGGAUCGACGUUUCCUCAACGAUCACGAUCAGGUUCGCCGACACAGAACAAGCCGCUACAGCUGUACAAGCUAUACGUAGUCCUGCGUUUUCUUCCAUCGCCGGUGGGGAAGUAAAUAUAAGUUACUGCGACAUACUACCGAAUCCUAUCCUUCUACCUCCAUCGGGGUCUUCCCGUGAACUCGAACUUGUUAGCAAAGUCGAGAACCUGCAUGCUCACAUUCGUGACUUGAAGCAUGAAAGAAUGCUACGGCAAGCUGCGGAUGUUCAAGCAUCUGAAUCGCUAAAUGCUCUCCGUGAGGAGCUCUCGCUCGCACAGAGCUAUGCUGAAGAACAGCACAAGCAAUCAGAGGGCUUCGAGACUGAGCUGGAGAACGAAAUCGCUCAAUCUGUGAUACUACGCCGCCAAUUCGAUGAAGUUCGACUGGAACUAGCUUCCCAAAGUAAGGUCUAUGCAGAGGAAUCUGAUGCACUCAAGCGGACCAUCGAUAAUAUGAAGGUGGAUGUGGAGGCCCAGAACCUCAAGUUGAGUGGUCUCGAGCAGAGAAAUAAAGAGCUGGAGGAUCUGCUUGGGGUCAAAGACCGCCAGUUGAUGGCCUCAGAGGGGAAACGCCAGAUGGACGUGUCCAAGUGCUGUGAGAUGACCUGCGAGAUUGACCAACUGCGGAAGAUGCUUUUGGAAAAGGAUCGUCAAUUGGAGAUGCUCGUAACAGAGCGGGAUGCCAUGAGGCUUGAGUCAGAGCAAUGGAGCAGGAAGGAGAGCGAUUUGGAGAACAAGAAGAAGGACCUAGUCAAAGUCCUGCAUGCCAAGGUUGACGAGCUGAAAGAGAAGAAUAAGAACUUUGGGGGCACAGCCGUCGGUCUGGAGACGCGUAGGCUUGAUUUGGAGGCGAAGCUUCUUGUGGCUGUAAAAGAGAAGGAGGUGGCGGAGAAGGAGACAAAGAGCUUGCGCGCCAAAGCCGUGGUGAUGCAGAAAAUCGUAUCCAUGGGGUUGGAUGAAACGAAGGUGCUUUCUAAAGAGGUCAAGACGUUGCGCACCCAGUCAAGAAAUAAGGAUGUCGAGAUCAGACAUCUUCUAGUGGGCAUAGACUCCCUCCAGAAUGAUCUUACUGCACUCCAGCGAGAGAGGGAAGAAGAGCACAGUCGCAGGAAUGUUUGGACUGACAAAAAGGCCAUUAAACGUGCUCAGAGAUGCCUAGGAGAGUUUGAAGACGCGUCAUUCUCGCGAAGGAAGCCGUUGGCUUUUGAGGAUAUUCCGUGGCCAGUUUUGGCGGACUUGUCGGCAUUAGGGCCAAGGGAUAUCACGAAGAAGAUGGUAGGUAAGUUCUUUGAGAUGGCAGACGAAUCGUUCAGUGAUGAGAGGUAUUGGGAUAUAUUGGGGAGGAUGUACAAAGUAUUCAGGAAGCAGAGGUGGGAGAGGAGGGGACUUUUGGAUAGUGUCGCUGAUAGGCAGUUUCGUGACGAGCUGGAGAACGCCAGGGAAGUUGUGUGGGCGGUUGUUAAACCGUUGUGGAAGGACUGAUUUACAUCAAGACCGACUGUAGAGUUGAGAUAUUCUACUAUAUAACUGUACAUUAUAUGUACUGUAGCUACAGAAUCUAUUGAUAUUACCGUAUUGUGUCUAUUAGCGUAAAUAGGCUAUCUCUUUUCGAUCUUUUCGCAACCUAGUCCGUCAGUUUAUCCACCGUUAUACGUGACCUCCUGUACUAUUCUCCACCGGGAGAAGUAGCCGAAGCCGGUACCAAAGUAUCAACAAAGAGGUCAGUAGUUUUGCUACCAUGGAAACGUUGUCUUGGUCGUCAGCGCUAUGAGAGAAAGGCCAAGGCUGAGCCUGUGGCAUCAAUUUAAUCCCAAGCAAAGCCACAAGCUCAUUAUUAGGUCGAUAG